GUAGUAGUAUCUCACAGUUUUCUGUGAUUGGUUGGAAUGGCGUCCUCUACGGAUGGUAAUAGUCAGUUUUCUCCUGACAUGUCCGAAUUAUCUGAGGAAGAAAGGCUGAAAGUCUUAGAUGUACUCAAACGAGCCCAAGUCUUUCUUCAUCAGGAAGAAAAGCAUUCACUAAGACAACCACUUCAAGGACAGUUGUCUAAAUAUACAAAUAUGAUGAAAGGUUGGCAAUAUCGAUAUUUCGUUUUGGAACCUACUCCUGGGCGUUUAUCUUACUUCGAGAAAGAAGAGCAUAAAACUACUCAAAGACCACGCGGAUCAAUUAACUUAACAAACGCCGUUGUAUAUCCAUCGGAGGAAGAUUAUCAAACUUUUCAUGUGAAUGCAUCUAAUGGAGUAUCGUUUCAACUGAAAGCCAUUGAUACAAAAGAACGACAAUGCUGGAUCGAUAGACUUCGAGCUACUGUUGAAUAUCAUAAUGAGAUCUAUCGAAAGAAUAACCUAACCACCGAGAAUGCAUUGUGGAAUGAAGCGGCAAAAGCCGAACAAAAGUCCAAUUCUACGCCUUGUCUACUUAGUCUAUCAGACGAAAUAAAAAAUUCCUCCGAUUCCGAGUCGACAAACACGUUAACGAGGAAAAAGACACUUCGAAGCGAAAUCGAAACAGAAGAUUCUGAUACUAUAGCAACACCCCCAGUAGAACCGGCAAAUAUUAAUGAUUGUACGACUUCUAUUUCAACUUUAAACAUGGUGGAAAGUUUUAAAUCGGCUAAGGAUAUGCUCAAUAAUGUUAAUCUGUUGAAUAAGGCCUUAAUUAAGGCGACUGACUUUUCACCUUCAAUCUAUGGAUUAUCUAUGUUUGAUAAGGAUCUACUUAAUUUGAAAGCUAUAAGUUCAGCUAACGUUAAAUGUUUAGAGGACUGUUUUAUGUCCCUUGUUGAUUAUAAGGAUGAAUUGCUAAGAAAUGCGGGGCAGCCUUCAAGACAAACGAAAUGGUACUAUCCACUUAAUUCCAAUCAGGAGGGAGAUGAUCAAAGUACAGAUAGUUUACUAUUAAUGGAACCAGCCGAUUUUCAGGAAAUUGAAGACGAUAGCGAAGAGGAUGAGAAUAUUGAAAGGGGAUCGGAGAGCUCUUGUCCCGUUCCUGUUGAUAUUCUAUCUAAGCUAAAGCUUGGUGCAGAUCUUACUAAAGUAACCCUACCAGCUUAUAUACUUGACAAAAAAUCCCUUCUAGAGAUGUUUGCCGAUUGUAAUUCUAAUCCUCAACUGUUUUUAGGUAUCGCUGAUGAGAAAACAGCUAGAGAUCGUAUGGAAGCUGUAGUUAAAUGGUAUUUAACAACUUUCAAGGGUGCUAUUAAAAAUGGAAAAAUAAACAAACCUUAUAAUCCGAUUAUUGGUGAAAAUUUUCAUUGUCAAUGGUCGGUUGACAAUACAACUUUAUCGUUUACCGCCGAACAAGUGUCUCAUCACCCACCAAUUAGCGCCUUUUUUAUGGAAAGUAAACAAAAGCGUAUUUCGUUGAAUUCAUCUGUUUGGACAAAAAUAUCGUUUCACGGAAUGAGUGUAGGAAUAUCAUUAGUUGGAAAUAUUAAGAUAAGAUUGGAUGAAUUUGAUGAAGAAUAUUUGUUGACAUAUCCUAGCAUUUAUGUUAAAUCGCUACUUACAAAUCCACUGAUUGAACUGGGUGACAAAGUAUCAAUUAAAUGUCCUAAAUCAGGAUAUAAUGCGACACUGGAAUUUUCCACUCGAAAUCAGGCAGAGGAAAGAGUCCAUUUUGUUAAUGGAGAAAUACGUGAGCCGGAAAAUUCGAAUGUUAUUAUGAAAAUCAAUGGAGAAUGGAAAAAUAGUAUAAAAUUUGUAAAAUUAGACGGUGACAAUAAAGAAUAUAUAUUGGAUCUCAAAGAAAUUUCCACCUUUAAAAAGCGUGUUCGACCAAUAGAGAGCCAAAAUGACAAAGAAUCGAGAAAAGUGUGGAGAGAUAUCACUCAGAGUUUAAGAAAGAAUGAUUUUGUUCAGGCGAAUAAGCUAAAGACAAAGUUGGAAAAUUCACAGAGAGCCAAAGAUACUUCAAAAUCAUUUACGCCUAAAUACUUUCAACAUAUUAAGGAAAAAGAAUGGUUUUUCAAAAAUUCUUGA